GUCACUAACAUGCGGGGUUACGAUGAAAUCACCAGUUUUCUCGGAGAAUGGGGACCCUACCAGAAAGUUGUCUUUUUUGCGUUGAGCCUCAGUGUCUUUCCCAACGGUUUCUGUGGCAUUUCCAUGGUUUUUGUUGUGGAAGUUCUCGAGCAUCGCUGUUUAAUUCCCGGGAAUCUCAAUCUGAGUGAAGCGUGGUUGAAUCGGACUAUCCCUCUGGAACUAGAGAGAGGCAAACUCCAGUACAGCAAGUGUAGACGGUACCGGCUGGAUGUGAUAGUGAAUCUUUCGGAGACAUUUCCCGAGCCAGAUUCGUUCAACAUGUCUGAGGUAGAACAGGAGCCCUGUUUGGAUGGUUGGGAGUACAGUAAGGAUCAGUACAUCUCCACCAUCGUCAGUGAGUGGGACUUGGUUUGCAACAAUAACUGGAAAGGGCCGUUUUCUACGUCAACGUUCUUCAUGGGAGUGCUGGUUGGUUCUUUUGUUUCUGGACAGUUAUCUGACAGAUUUGGGAGGAAGAUCAUUCUGUUUGGAACUAUGGCUAUUCAGACUGUGUUCAGCAUGCUUCAAGCGUUCUCUCCAAACUGGGUAAUAUUCUGCCUUCUGAAUGUCCUUGUAGGUCUUGGAGCAAUUUCAAACUAUGUGGCUGCCUUUGUUCUUGGAUCGGAAGUUCUUGGGAAAUCUAUUCGUGUUACAUACUGUAUAUUGGGACUUGCCAUGUCUUGUACAAGCGGCUAUAUGUACCUGCCUUUGGUUGCAUACUUCAUACGAAGCUGGUGGAUGUUGCUGUUGACCCUGUCUUUUUCUGGCCUCCUGUAUAUUCCUUUGUGGAGGUUUAUUCCUGAAUCUCCACGCUGGCUGCUGAUAAAGGGAAGGGUACAGGAGGCUGAAGCAAUACUCCGACACAUUGCGAAGAAAAAUGGUAUCACUCCACCAGAGGUGCUCCUCAGUGAUCUUGAGCUUGAAGAUAUCAAGGCUAAAAGUAAACAACCUAAUGCAAUUAUUCACUUGUUUAAAACUGGUAAUAUCCGAACUGUCACAAUCAUUAAUUUUGUAGUUUGGAUGGUUCUGGCACUUGGAUACUUAGGCCUGUCCUUGAGCACACCCAACCUCCAUGGUGAUGACUAUUUGAACUGUUUCCUCUUUGCUGUCAUCGAAAUUCCAGCCAAUAUAACAGCUUGGCUUUUUCUCAAGAGAUUUUCCCGAAGGUUCAGCCUUUCAGCCAUACUUUUUCCUGGUGGAGUUGUCCUUUUCUUGCUCCAGCUCAUACCUUCAAAUCUUUCAGUGCUUGCCACAGUGCUGGUGAUGAUUGGAAAAUUUGCGACCGCAUGUGCCUUCUCCAUGGUUUACGUCUAUAGUGCUGAGCUGUACCCAACUGCAGUAAGAAACAUGGGUGUAGGAACGAGCUCAACAGUCUCUAGGUUGGGCAACAUCAUCACACCUUACAUUUUCUAUCUUGCUGUUUAUCAGGAGUUUCUGCCUUUUAUUCUGAUUGGGAGUUUGAUGGUGCUGUCAGCAAUUUUGGUCUUGUUUCUGCCUGAAACAGCCAAUGUUCCCCUCCCAGAAACCAUUGACCAGAUGCAGAAAAUAAAGGGGUAA